CUAAAUCAUUGGACACUGUCUGCAAAGCCCAUUCAUUGGUACCCUGGUACCCUCAUGUGUACCACACAUGUGGAGCCUACUGAGAGGAAAGACACUACUUUAGGGUGGAGACACGUCAUUGUGCUGAAGAUUGCUGCUGAUUGAGAGUGGUGAUGUGUAGUUUACUUGAGUGCUGUCCAACUGGAUGGAGCAUAACUUUCUUGUUCUUGCUUAAAAGACACAGAUUUACAGAUCUUUGAAAGACUUGUUAUAGCUUCCUCUGCCUUCAGUCUGUCUUUUUGUUCUGAAAGCUCUUUUGCAGAAGGUGGAUUAAUUCGUACUUUGACAUAUAAGUGAGUGUCGGGACCUUGUUUGUUGUCAGAAUGAUGAGCGUCACUCUUCAGUUCUUUUCUAUCAUUCUUCUUUUGCCAAGAACAUCUGGUCUAGAGAGUGUGGAUGGUUUAUCAGUUAACUCAGCCAGCAGGAGCAGCCACAGUGGUCAGUUGAGCUCCCCUCAGUGCACCUACACCUUCAUCUUGCCAGAGAACAUGGAGGAGCGGGGUGGGUGCUGGCCUUCAGGGAAUGAUGAUGAAUAUGAGGGGAACAGUGUUCAGCGAGAUGCUCCGCUGGUGAAACAAAGCCUUUCUUACCAGAGGAUACAACACUUGGAGGUGGCAAUUGACAAUUACACACAGUGGCUGCAGCAGAUUGAGGGCUAUAUAAAGGAUGGUUUAAAGGAAGAAAUUGCUCGACUGCAAUAUAUUGCUGUACCCAACCACACAGUGGCCCUGUUGGAUCUGAGCAGCAGUCUGCUCUUCCAGACUGCCCAUUACUCAAAACGACUGGCUGACAUGGAAACACAGGUUAUAAAUCAAACCUCCAGACUGGAGAUUCAGUUGCUAGAAAACUCUCUGUCUACCAUUAAGCUGGAGACACAACUCCUUCGUCAAACCAGUGAGAUCAACAGACUCUACAAUACUAGCAAGGCUCUGGAGCAGCGGAUGCAGGACAUGGAGGCGCGUCACCAUGCAGAGCUGAGCUGGGUAGCAGAUGAGCAGGCUAAACUGGAAAAACUCAUCACCACUCAAACCUCCAUCAUCCAGAGUCUAGAGUUCAGUCUAGAAGAGACUAACUCCAACAGCAGCACCCUCUACAGCCAGCAGAUACAGCUACAGGACAAAGUCAGCAACCUGCUCGAACUCUGCUCAGCAGAUAAAGCAAGCACAAGUCCAUGGAAGCGGGUAGAUGAGCAGAGGAGCUUUCAUGACUGUGCUGAGCUCUUUCAGGCUGGUUUUAACAGGAGCGGAAUCUAUGCCAUCCACAUCACCUUGCAGGACACCAAGAAGGUCUAUUGCAAUAUGGAGACAGCAGGUGGGGGCUGGACCGUCAUACAGCUCAGAAAAGAUGGAACACUAGAUUUCAACAGGACAUGGAAAGAAUACAAGAUGGGCUUUGGGUCUCUGUCUGGUGAGCACUGGUUGGGAAAUGAGUUUGUGUUCCAGUUGACCAGCCAGCAGCAGUACACUCUGAGAGUGGAGCUGACAGACUGGGAGGGGCAGCAGGUCUUUUCACAAUACAACAGCUUCCACCUUGCCAGUGAGAAACAAAACUAUAGGUUGUUUCUGAAGCAUCACAGUGGAACUGCGGGCAGGCAGAGCAGUUUGGUAAUAAAUGGAGCUGAUUUCAGUACCAAAGACAUGGACAAUGACAACUGCGUCUGCAAAUGUGCCCUCAUGCUUACUGGGGGCUGGUGGUUUGAUGCUUGUGGCCCAUCAAAUCUUAAUGGCAUGUAUUAUCCCUAUGGGAAGAACACUGGCAAAUUCAACGGCAUUAAGUGGCACUAUUUCAAAGGAUCCAGCUACUCUCUUCGUGCCACAGUCAUGAUGAUCCGACUUGCAGACUUCUGAAUACAGUCCAGUCACAGAUCAGCCGAUGGACAUUUUCACUGUCAUUACUUUCACAAGGAGCUCAUGGUUUGGAAUAUAUGCAUUAUUGUAAAUGACAAUUUUUUUAAUGAGCUGUGAAAUGAAUAGGCUGUAUGGAAAAUGAUGAUGAUUUGCUACAUAAGAAACAAUAAUCUUUGUG